GGAUAGAAAUCUUCAUACUCCUUAUCUUUUUUUCUUCCAUCAAACUCGAAUUAGUAACAGAGAUUUGGAGCUACCAUCCUUGAGAAGGAAGAGGAGGAGAAACGCAGCCGCGCGCGGUGGUCUCUCCUUGCAGCAUCAUAUCAAUGGAUACCUUAUCUUCUUCUGUCAGCACAAACCUUCAAAUCCCUGGUUAUUCUUCAGCAACACCUCGAGAACUUCAUUACCAAUUCAAGCCUAUUCAAACAACAACUCAACAAUUUCACCUUUCAAAUAAACCAGGGUCAAAAUCUAGCAGACACAGCUCUCCGUUUCGCAGCAACACCAAUUUCAUCACUUCUUCAUCUUUUAACCAUACAACCCAAACCUCAUCAUCACCAAUCAAUAAACCAAAACAGGUCACCAAAGAAGUUGUUCACGAGAACGCAAGUACUGGGUAUGCUGCUGCGUUGCUCGAUAUAUCCCGUUGCGACAACACGCUGGAUGUAGUUGAAAAAGAUGUAAGGAGAUUCAAGAGAUAUCUUCAGUACAAAGAUGUUCGGAUGAUGUUGCUGGAUCCAUUGAUGGAUGACAAGAUUAAAGGUGAGGUGGUUAAGGAAAUAGCGGUGAAGGGAAAGUUUCAGAAACAUGUGGUCAUGGUGGUGAAGAUGUUGGUGAAGAAGAAUAAAGUCUGGAUGGUAAAUGAAGUUUUGGAGGAGUUUGAAAGGAUUUAUGAUGAGUUGAUUGGAAAUCAGGUGGUUUUGGUUUCAUCUGCUGAGAAGAUGUCUGAAGAUCAAUUGUUUGGAAUUGCUAAAAGAGUGCAAAAUGUCACUGGGGCUAUGAUGGUAAAGGUAAGGCAUUUCAUUACAGGAAACUCGCCAUCGUUUGCACUGUAAAUUCAUCAGUCUGUGUGGUGUGACUUUAAUUCCGGUUGUUCUUGCAUUCUUUCUUUGUAUUUUGUGGGCUUUUAGUGAAUGUAAAAUAGGUGUGAACAAUUUGUGUUAUGAAUUCUAGCAGCUUUUUGUUGCUAAAGUGGUCUCUUUUUCUUAUCAAAAUAAAGAUUCAUAUACUA